GGACUGUUUCGGACUCUUGUUCGUUACAGUUUGUCAUUCCUGUGCAAUUCAUAAAACUCGUCUAACUUAAGUCAACUUGAUAUUGCUCAACUUUAUGUGACCUAACUUUGAAACAGAUGAUUUUGACAGUUCUGCUCGAUUCAUAGAAUUGUGUCAACAAAAAUUUGAGAAGAAACAAUGGAAUCCACGUGCAGCAAAGAUGAGCAGAGUAAUCAGGAAGAUUCUGAUUCAUCAGAGAUGGAUGAGAUAGAGCCUAGGCUGAAAUAUGUGAGGAUACGCAAUGAUUUGGAACAUAUUCUACAAAACGAUGCAGCUAGUUGCAUUGCUGUACAUCCAAAAUUCCUAUGUCUGGGAUCACAUUGGGGAAUGAUUCAUCUUCUAGACCAUCAGGGAAAUAAUGUAAAGUCUAAAACACUACAAGCACACACAGUGGCAGUCAAUCAGAUUUCCAUAGAUCAUAAUGGGGACUUUAUCGCUUCUUGUAGCGAUGAUGGAAAGGUUUUCAUUUACGGAUUAUAUAGUACGGAGAACAAUCACAACAUGAGUAUGGGCAGGCUAGUCAAGAGUAUAGCGAUCGACCCAAAUUACUACAAAAGUGGCAGUGGCAGAAGGUUUAUUACAGGUGAUGACAAGCUAAUGCUAUAUGAAAAAACUUUCCUGGCGAGGAUGAAGCCAACAGUACUCUGUGAGGCGGAGGGUGGAGUCAGAUCUAUCGCGUGGUCUGGUCGUUUUGUAGCAUGGGCCUCUGACACGGGUGUAAGAGUCUAUGAUCUUGACGCUAAGUGCUCGUUAGGACUUAUCAAGUGGUCUCGUAUAGCAGACGCAUCACCAGAGCACUACAGAUGUAAUCUGCAAUGGUCAGAUGACAGGACAUUGCUGAUAGGAUGGGUGGACAUUGUACGAGUUUGUCAUAUCAGGAAACGUACCAUGCAAGAAAUGGUCAAUCGAGAUUUGCCUGAGUUCGUGGUCGAUCCAGUGUCAACGUUCCAAGUAGACUUUUAUAUAUCUGGCAUAGCGCCAUUGGGGAAUCAAUUAGUGUUACUAGGAUGCUUAAAAGAGUUGGACGAAGAUGGAAAGAAUCAACGUCCAACUCUGCACGUAGUUGAACCGAAAUACCAGGAUUUUUCGGUGGUGUGUGCAAACUCCCUCACUUUACGCGGUUAUAAGGAGUACAGCUGCAAUGAUUAUCACUUAGAUUGCUUGAAGGAGGAAAAUAGGUUUUUUAUUGUAAGUCCAAAGGAUAUUGUGGUCGCGAGUUUGUACGACACAGACGACAGGAUCGAGUGGUUGUUGAGCCACGGAAAGUUCGAGCAAGCUCUUGAAGCGGUGACAACGAACAAGGAUUGCAAGAGGCAUACUAUAUUAGAUGUGGGGCGUAUUUAUUUGGAUAAUUUAUUAGCGUGCGAGAAAUAUGAUGAAGCUGGGAAACUUUGCCUCAAAGUUUUAGGACAAAACAAGAAAUUAUGGGAGGAAGAGGUUUACAAAUUCGCCAGGGUGCAUCAAUUGCGCUCGAUCUCGUCCUACUUGCCUCGCGGUGAAGUCACCCUCGAUCCGCUAAUUUACGAAAUGGUGCUGUACGAAUAUCUAAAGAUAGAUCCCGACGGUUUCCUGCAGCUGGUCAAAGAAUGGUCCCCGGACUUGUACACAGUGGCGGCAGUGGUUAACGGCGUAUUGGAGCAUUUAUUAGUCCACAAUCAACGGCAAAAUGUAUUACUGGAAGCGUUAGCUAUUUUAUAUAUCCAUGACGGCAAGUACGAUAAAGCGCUCGCCAUGUACUUGAAACUACGGCAUAAGGACGUCUUUCAAUUGAUCCAGAAGUAUCAGUUGUACAAUUCAGUGUACGACAUGAUCGAAGGUUUAAUGGAUCUUGAUACGGAACGUGCCAUACAGUUUUUUCUAGAAAAGGACAGAGUGCCGUCGGACGUUGUCGUGCAGAAACUGCAGCACAAUCAUCGUUAUUUAUAUUUGUAUUUAGACGCCUUGGACAAGAGGGACACGAAAGAUUCGAAGGGCAAGUAUCACGGCUUGCUGGUGCGAUUGUACGCCGAUUAUUCGAGAGACAAGUUACUGCCGCUUCUACGUCGCUCGGACAAUUAUCCGAUACAGCAGGCUCUGGAUAUCUGCAGUCAGCGUCGGUUUUACCCGGAAAUGGUGUACCUGCUAGGCAGAAUCGGGACCUUUUCGGAAGCCUUGGCGCUUAUGACGAGGGAACUCAACGACAUGGAGAGUGCGAUUGCGUUUUGCCAGGAACACGACGAUGAGGAACUGUGGAACGAUCUAUUUAACUACUCGCUUGAUAAACCUGCGGCUAUUACAUUCCUCCUCCAAAAGAUCGGCACUUACGUCGAUCCCCGGCUCUUGGUACAAAGGAUAGAACCCACGUUGGAGAUCCCAGGGCUGAAGAGAGCAUUGGUCAAGAUGAUGUGCGACUACAAUUUGCAGGUGUCAGUGCAGGAAGGUUGUAAGAAGAUACUGUCCAAUGAUUAUUUCAAUCUGCACGAGCGACUUGUUCGUUGUCAUCAGAAGGGCAUAUUUAUCGACGAUGAUCAAAUGUGCGGAGCUUGCCAUAGGAAGAUAAUUAUAAGAGAACCGCGGAACAUGAUUGUAUUUUAUUGUAAGCAUUGUUUCCACGAGGAUUGUCUACCUGACUUUGAAUUAGUUGAGAAUUGUGUGAUAUGCAACUCGCAGAAGAAAGUGACGCCUGGCAGGAAAUGAUGAAGAUAAAAUCGAACGUUUGUGUGACAUGUGCAAUAUCCAAAGCUCGAAGUGGACUGUAUAGUUUACUAUUUCACUGUGUGAUUGUGAUACACGGUGUGAUGACAUAUAAACGAAUUUUUACAUAAUAAAUAGAUUGCUUACAAAGCGGAUAGAUUUUAACUGGGAAAUUACGGUAUGAAAAUCUUUUUUUUCUUCAGUUCGUGUAAUCAAAUUUGAGAGGUUUUUGUCUGCUUCCUUUUGUUAUUAAUAUUCUAUUUUACUUUUUUUAACACACGGGAUAGACCAAGGAAAACUUUUAAUCUAAUUUAUUUUGUUUUUGAAGAAAUCUAUCAGUCAUACAUUUCUUUUGAAAACGAAGUUGAUCUUUGAAUUGAAUUUUUAGAUAAUGUCGAAUUGAUUUUUCUUGGCCUAUCCUAGUUUAAUAAAAGGUUAGUUAAUUGAAUUAUUCAUUUUUCCAUUUCUAAAUCUAAUGCAAUCCCAUUCUUGCCCAUUGAGGCUAUUUGUAAAGAAAAAAAAAAAA